AUGACAAGGUUGAUAACUCCUUCAGAAAUUGUGGGGGGCAUACCCGUUUUCAAACCGACAUAUGAGCAAUUCGAAGAUUUUUAUACGUUUUGUAAAGCCAUAAACAAAUACGGUAUGAAGAGUGGUGUCGUGAAAGUUAUUCCGCCAAAAGAAUGGAAGGACAAGUUAGAUCUGCCCCAUUCCGCGGAAACGCUUCAAAAGAUCAAGAUAAAGUCGCCCAUUCAGCAGCACAUCUCUGGUAAUAAAGGUCUUUUUAUGGUGCAAAAUGUGGAGAAAAACAAGACUUAUAAUAUUAUUCAAUGGAAGGAUCUAUCCAAGGACUACGUACCUCCAGAGGACCCUAAAGCGAGACGUAACUCUAGGAAAGGAUCUGUUUCCAAAUCUACGAAAUUGAAACUGAAAAAUCAUGAAUCGUCCUUCAAAAUUGACGAUUUUGAACAAUUCAGAACGCAGUAUACGAUAGAUUUAUCUGAUUUCCAAAAUCCGGAGCGAUUAAAGUUCUUGGAAGAAUAUUAUUGGAAAACCUUAAACUUUACUACGCCUAUGUACGGUGCCGAUACACCAGGAUCAAUUUUCCCUGAAAGACUUGACGUUUGGAACGUCGCAAAACUACCGAACAUUCUAGAUCACAUGGAAACCAACAUCCCCGGAGUGAACGACUCCUACUUGUACGCUGGUUUAUGGAAGGCUUCUUUUUCUUGGCACUUGGAGGAUCAGGACCUUUAUUCCAUAAACUAUAUCCAUUUUGGUGCCCCAAAACAAUGGUAUUCGAUACCGCAAGAGGAUAGGUUUAAAUUCUACAAGUUCAUGCAAGAGCAAUUCCCUGAAGAAGCAAAGAAUUGUCCGGAGUUUUUAAGACAUAAAAUGUUCUUAGCUUCACCCAAGCUUCUGCAAGAAAACGGCAUACGAUGCAACGAAAUUGUUCACCAUGAAGGUGAGUUCAUGAUCACUUACCCAUAUGGUUAUCAUGCGGGGUUCAAUUAUGGAUAUAACUUGGCCGAGUCGGUCAACUUUGCUUUGGAGGAGUGGCUACCGAUUGGGAAAAAAGCUGGCAAAUGCCAUUGUAUUUCAGACUCGGUGGAAAUAGAUGUCAGAAAAUUGGCUAAGUCUUGGAAAGACUAUAAUAAUAAAGAGUCGAAAGGAACGAUAUCUCUCAAUCCACUUCCAGGCUCUGCCAUGCCCUUGCUUCACAGGCCGACGCUAAAGGAAAUGGAAAACAGCUCACUUCGAUCCACCAGUCCAGAUGUGGGUCAUUUCUCAAGUUUAAGAUCAAAAAGUUCAGGUGUUUCUUCACCUCUACUAUCACGUAUGAAAGACUAUUCUAACAUUGUCGAGCCUACGUUAGAAGAUCCAACUUUGAAAUUGAAAAGAAUUUCAUCAUUUCAAGAUCAACCUUUGAAUAAGCUAUUGAAAAGAGAAACUUCACAAACAGCAAUGCUCACGGACCACGAAGACAACAUAGUAGCCAUGAGUCUCACUUCAAUGGCAAACAGUGCCGCCUCUUCUCCGAGAUUACCGUUGUCAAGAUUGAAUUCCUCUAACGAUCUCUCAAAUGCUCAACCAUUAUUUGACAUGACAAAUAAUAACCUUGCCUUCCCGCGGCCUAAUGGACCAUCGGGGUUGAACCCUUUAUUAUACAUCUCCAACAAGAACAUUAACGGAAUAUCUCAUUCUGCUCCACAUUCCCCAGUGAAUCCGAAUAUAUCAUUAAUAAAAAGAGUAAAGUCUCCCAACAUUGUAACAUUAAACAUAUCCAGAGAAUCCUCUAGAAGCCCUAUAGCACUUAAUUCUGAGGGAAGACAACAACAGCAUCUGCAACAACAUUCAUUCUCAACUCCAUCCACUGUGUCAAAUCUUUCCACUUCUGUUCAGGGACCACUAACUGACACAAAUGACAUAAAAAUACCGCAUCCUGAAAAGCUUAUCCAUAAAGCAACAAAUAGAAUACCAAAGAGGGAACUGCUUGUAGAAAGGUCAGAAUCGAAUUCUCUACUUCCAAACGUCACAUCCACGUGCCAAGAGGAUUCUCUUUCAAGUGAAAAAACCGAUUUAGAUAAAGAACAGUGCUCUUCCCCAUUAAUAUCAAAGUUUGCACCGGAAGAAAUUGUAUUAUCAGGUAAGAACAAGAUUUAUGUUUGUAAGGAAUGCCAGAGAAAAUUUUCUUCCGGUCACCAUCUCACAAGACAUAAGAAAUCUGUCCACUCUGGAGAAAAACCUCACUCUUGUCCCAAAUGUGGUAAAAGAUUUAAAAGGAGGGAUCACGUUUUACAACACUUAAACAAGAAAAUACCGUGUGUUUCAAAUGACACGACGAUAGAUGAUUCAAUAAUGAAUUCUUCAGUGCAACCGCAGGACGGGAAGGCAGCCAUCGACCAGCAAAGUGCACCGUUGAGCUGA